CUGGGGCCAUGUCGGCGCUGGUGCUGGUGCUGCUGGCGGCGCUGGGCGGGCGGGCCGUGCUGCCGGGCGGGCGGUGCGCGGCGCCGCUGGCCGACCUGCGCUCGCAGAUCUCGGGCGUGGAGUCGCUGCUGGAGGAGUUCCGCCGGCAGCUGCAGCAGGAGGAGCCGGGCCCGCCGGCGGCGGCGGCGGCGGCAGGAGGCGGCGGCGAGCGGUGCGGCGGUAGCGGCGGCUUCUCCGCCAGGCCCGACUCCAUCAUCCGCACCAAGGACUCCAUCGCGGCCGGCGCCACCUUCCUGCGGGCCCCCGGCGGGGCGGCGGGCUGGCGGCAGUGCCUGGACGCCUGCUGCGCCGAGCCGCGCUGCACGCUGGCCGUGGUGCAGGCGCCCGGGCGGCCUCGGGCUGCGGCGGCGGCGGAUCUGGGCUGCUACCUCUUCAACUGCACCCACCGCGGCCGGCCCGUCUGCCGCUUCGCCCCGCACCGCGGCUACAGCACCUACAGCCGCCGGCCCGCCGCGCCGACGGAAGAAGAAUAUGAUGAGCCUCCCCUGUGCAAGGCAGGACAAGAUGUUGUGCUGCAGUCACCUGUCGACUGGGUGCUUUUGGAUGGCAGAGAAAGUUCAGAUGACCAUGGAAUUGUGCAGUAUGAAUGGACGUUGCUCCAAGGUGACUCAGCUGUUGAAAUGAAGGUACCACAGCCAGGAACGCUGAAGCUGUCUCACUUUCAGGAAGGCACAUACAUUUUCCAGCUAACCGUGACAGACACUGCUGGUCAGCGGAGCUCGGAUAACGUCUCUGUGACCGUUCUUCCUAUGGCUCAUUCUGCAGUAGCCUGUGUCGGGGUUUGCUCUCGCUACCAGUUUAUCUGUGAUGAUGGCUGCUGCAUCGACAUCACAUUUGCUUGCGAUGGAGUGAAACAGUGCCCUGAUGGCUCCGACGAAACUUUCUGCCAGAACCUCAGCCAAGGCCGGAAGACAGUGACUCACGCAGCCUUUGGCACUACCCAGCAAAGGACUGUAGGACUGACUGAACAUACAGAUGAAAACUCUGCAGAAAACACCCUGAAAGCCACUGUCAGAAAUCAGCCGCUCCUUCCACUGGAUGCAGACAUGUCUAACCAAUCGCUUUCUCAGGGACCAAAGAAACAAAACAGCGGAUUUGUGCCAGAUAACAGUUCCUCAGGGAAAAAAACAGAUGAUAAAAAUGGAAGUGGCAUAACUGUGCCAAAGAGAGAUCAGCUUGGAGGUGGUCACCCAGUCCCAGAAACAGGUGCUGUACUGCCUUUGGCCUUAGGCUUGGCCAUCACUGCUUUACUGCUGCUUAUGGUUGCUUGCAGACUGCGUUUAGUGAGACAGAAGCUUAAAAAAGCUCGACCCAUUACAUCUGAAGAGUCUGAUUACCUCAUCAACGGGAUGUAUCUCUGAAAAUCAGAUUUAGGUCUGUCGUUUUCUCCCCUGUCUCCUGUGUCCAUGUACCUCUGCCUCU